AUGCGGGAUAUGGGCAGUUUUAAACUUUGGUAUUCUGGGAGGAUGGGGGACAGGAACAGGGUAGGUAUCUUGGUUGAUAAGAACCUCCGUGAACUAGUGGUGGAAGUUAUGAGGGUGAAUGACAAGUUGAUGACUAUUAAGCUAGUUGUUGGAGGUUUUACUUUGAACAUAAUCAGUGCGUACGCACCCCAAGAAGGUUUGGAUGAGGAAUCCAAGAGACGUUUCUGGGAGGAUUUAGAUGAGAUGGUGUGUGGUAUCCCGCAUACCGAGAAGCUUUUAAUAGGAGGAGAUUUCAACAGCCACAUUGGAGCGACGUCUAAUGCAAACUCGAGUUUUUCGAAGAAGAGGGAGCACUUGGUCACCUUCCGUAGUUCGGUGGCCGAGACUCAGAUUGAUUAUUUACUCUGCAGGAAGUCUGAUAGAGGUCUUUGCACGGAUUUCAAGGUCAUCCUGAGUCAGAACCUCUCAACCCUUCAUAGGCUCCUGUUCAUGGACCUUGAGAUCACGAGGAAGAGGAGGAAGAGGGCGAUGUAUAUCCAACAUAAGAUAAAGUGGGGAGCCUAG